AUGGAUAGGAAUGGAAUUAACGCGAGUUUGGGAGAAAAGGCGGCUAUUUUGAGGAGAUUUGAUCCUAUGGGAAGCGGAGUAAUCGGA